CAGCGCAGAACUGGGACCCGUAAGGAGAGGCGGGGAGCGGGCGGCGGCGGCGGCCGUUGUGGCUCUGGCAGUGGCGGCGACUGUGGUGAGGCUACGCAGCCGGGGCGACGGGUCUGGUGCCGCAGCAGCUCGCUCAGGCCGUGGGUCGUCGCUGCAGACGCGGGCAGAGGAGGGAACAACGACUCAGCGGGAGCACUUGGCAGAGGAGGGGAAGGGAUUCAGAAGACACCCCGCGUCUCCCUUCUCGAAUUUCUCUUGGUUCCUGUCAGUUGAUUCGUAGCCUGAAAUGCAUGGUCAUGGAGGCUAUGACUCUGAUUUUAGUGAUGAUGAACACUGUGGAGAAUCCAGCAAAAGGAAAAAAAAGACAGUUGAAGAUGAUUUACUGCUCCAAAAGCCAUUUCAGAAAGAAAAACAUGGAAAGGUGGUCCAUAAGCAAGUUGCAGCAGAAUUGCUGGAUAGGGAAGAAGCAAGAAAUAGAAGGUUUCAUCUCAUAGCUAUGGAUGCUUAUCAAAGGCAUACAAAGUUUGUAAAUGACUAUAUUUUAUACUAUGGUGGCAAAAAAGAAGACUUCAGGCGAUUGGGGGAAAAUGACAAGAUAGACAUGGAUAUUAUACGAGAAAAUCACAGAUUCCUAUGGAAUGAGGAGGAUGAAAUGGACAUGAAUUGGGAGAAGAGACUUGCAAAGAAAUACUAUGAUAAAUUAUUCAAGGAAUACUGCGUAGCAGAUCUCACCAGAUACAAAGAAAAUAAGUUUGGAUUUAGGUGGCGAGUAGAAAAAGAAGUAAUUUCAGGGAAAGGCCAGUUUUGCUGUGGAAAUAAAUGUUGUGAUAAAAAAGAAGGCUUAAAGAGUUGGGAAGUUAAUUUUGGUUAUAUUGAGCAUGGUGAAAAGAGAAAUGCGCUUGUUAAAUUAAGAUUAUGCCAAGAAUGUUCCUUUAAAUUAAAUUUUCAUCACAGGAGAAAAGAAGUCAAGUCAAAAAAAAGAAAGGAUAAAGCCAGAAAAGAUUGUGAAGAAUCAUCACAUAAAAAAUCCAGAUUAUCUUCUGUAGAAGAGUCCUCUAAGAAAAAGGAUAAAGGAAGCUCUGAUGAGGAAGGAAGUACUUCAGAAUCUGAACUUUGGAAGGGCCCACUACCAGAGACAGAUGAAAAAUCACAGGAAGAAGAAUUUGAUGAAUAUUUUCAAGGUUUAUUUCUGUGAGAUGGAAGAGGGAUGCGUACAUUCCUUAAUGUGAAAGUAUACUUUGAAACUCUUCACAGAAUUUUGUCUACAAGUUGCAACUUGAGUGGUUUGUCUUUGGAAAUAAAAAUCCAGCUACUCUCAGGAUGUCAGAUGCUUUGGAAGUUUUUCAGUUUUAUUGGAGGCACUUUUCCCUGUAUAUCUUUUCAGUUGUUUAUCUACAACUCUGUUCCAUCUGUAGCUCCUAAAGUAUGGACCUAGUACAUCCUCUAGUACAGAGAUCCAUUGUGCCUAUAUUUUUGUAGGGUUUUUUUUUCCCCCACUGAUUCACACUUAUGUUCCUUUGCCUCAGCUUAAACUUUUAGGAUUAUUGGGGUUUCACAAAAUUACAAAGUAGAUUAAGUAUGUCUUCGAGUACCCCUCUUUUGAGUACCUAGUUUGUCAUUAGCUGCCUUUUCCUUUUUUCCUUACAUUUCUCUUGCUUCCAUCUCACCUCUACCACUUAACGGAGUUUGUUAUUAAUCAAAUUUGAUUCCCCAGUGUAUGGGUGAUUUAUUAUAAACUAAAUUAAUACCACAGGGGGCCAAAUGAGAUUCCAGUAGUCUAAAACAGCAGAUGUGUUCAUGAAACUUGACUCUUAGCAGAGAUUAUACAGUAACAUAAUUUAACUGAACAAUACUGUGUGCAUAGAGCUUGUCUCAGAUACAGUCAUACAGAUAUGGAUAUAUUUAUAUGCAGAGAUAUAUUGUAAAAUGUAACUUUUUUUUAUAAAUUUAUUUAUUUUUGGCUGCAUUGGGUCUUUGUUGCUGCACGUGGGCUUUCUCUAGUUGCGGUGAGCAGGGACUACUCUUCGUUGCAGCGCGCGGGCUUCUCACUGCGGUGGCUUCUCGUUGUGGAGCAUGGGCUCUAGGUGCACGGGCUUUAGUAGUUGUGGCACUUGGUCUCAGUAGCUGUGGCUCGCAGGCUCUAGAGAGCAGGCUCAGUAGUUGUGGAGCAUGGGCUUAGUUGCUCCGUGGCACGUGCGAUCUUCCUGGAGCAGGGAUUGAACCCAUGUCCCCUGCAUUGGCAGGGGGAUUCUUAACCACUGUGCCACCAGGGAAGUCCAAAAUGUAACUUCUUAAUUUGGGGUUCAUACCCACAAGAGUCAAUGGAUGUGCUUCAGGAAAUCUAAACACUCCUAGAAUCUAUGUGUAAACUUCUGUAAUUAUGUGUGUGUUUUGGGGAAAGGGUCCAUAGUUUUCAUCAAAUUUUCAAAAGGAUAUAUUGAUUUUUUUUUCAAAAGGUCAGACCCAUUUUUGUAAACAGCCAAGAGAUGAAUAGAGGAGAAGAUGCAUGAUUUGAUGAUAAAAAAGCUGGAAAAAAUAUCGAAUCCAUUGGCUGACAGACUGCUUUAAAAGGCAAUUUCAAUUAAGAGUGGAAUAAAGAAUCAGAUUAACACAGCAAAGGAAACCAUAAGUGAAGUGAAAAGACAACCUACGGAAUGGGAGAAAAUAUUUGCAAACAAUGUGACUGCCAAGCGAUUAAUUUCCAAAAUAUACAAACAGCUCAUACAGCUCAAUAUAAAAAAAACAAACUAAUGACCCAAUCAAAAAAUGGGCAGAAGACCUAAACAGACAUCUCUCCAAAGAAGACAUACAGAUGGCCAACAGGCACAUGAAAAGAUGCUCAACAUUGCUAAUUAUUAGAGAAAUGCAAAUCAAAACUACAAUGAGGUAUCACCUCACACCAGUCAGAAUGGUCAUCAUUAAAAAAAUCUACAAAUAAUAAAUGCUGGAGAGGGUGUGGAGAAAAGCAAACCCUCCUGCAGUGUUGGUGGGAAUGUAAGUUGGUGCAGUCACUAUGGAAAACAGUAUGGAGGUUCCUUAUAAAACUAGAGUUACUAUGUGAUUCAGCAA